UUGAGCAAAGUAUGUUGGCAAGAGCAUUCCUUAAUUCCUACUACAUGUAUCUCGUGAAGGGCUUUUAUUCCUUCCAAAACCAAAACGGUGAGUAAAUGUUAGCACGAAAAUAGAAUUAAGUGUCGGUGAACUUCAGAAAAAGCUUAGUCCAAUUAUACAAAGCAACCUCUAUUUUUUCCAAAUACAUUCAUCAACUCAUUAUCCUCUUCUCUUUACCAUUUCAUCAAAAAUAAUUGUGCACAUUCUUGAACCAAAAGAAUGGAAGCAGCUCUAUGGAACUUGGAAGACAAAUGGAAACUCUCAACUCAAGAAUCAGUUGCAUUUUUCGUUUGCAUUUGUACGUUGGUAAUUGGAAUUUGCAUAGUUGUUGCUUUUAUCAAAAGAAGAGCAACAACUAGGAGAAAGGGGCUAGUGGGCCCGGCCCGCGAUAUAGAAUGGUCUGAGCCAAAGUUUUUGAGUUUGAAUAGUAAUUGUGUGAAGAAAAUGCUGACGAGUACGGUACGAUGGAGCGGGCCGAGCAAGUGGGAGGAGAAAAGGAGCAAGAGUCAUACGGAGAGAGUUUCUCCGUUACUUGUUGCUGCAAGUCAACUUAAGGGCGAUUCCGCCAGGUGGCAGAGCCACAACUCGGACUCACCCGUGUGGCAAAGGCCUAUACUUAUGGGUGAAAAGUGUGAGUUGCCGAGAUUCAGUGGGCUUAUUUUGUAUGAUGAGAGAGGCAGGCCAGUUCAUCAUGUUGACAAUGAUCCAUUCAGCAUUGACCAGGUCAGUUAAAUUAUAUUUACCAGAACUACUCUGAAGGACUUGCUGCUGUGACUUUUGCUUUAAUUCGAUACAUUCACAAAGUUUUGUAUAGAAAUUAAGUUUCUUUCUUGAUCAUCUUUCAAAAGCAUGUAAAAAUAUUCCUGUUU